UUUAACCCUUUAUAUCUGCAAGUUUCAUGGUUUUAUGAUGUAUUCAUUUUUUAUGAAUCCAGAAUAUUUAAUUAAUAACUAAUUUUACACAGGAUCACUGACACACUGAGGAAGCACACCUUUGGAUGCUCCACCAUUGGUGGAUGGACUUUAAUUGACUUUAUUUUCAUAUCAAUUGCUUUAUAUUCACACUUUGCACUGUUUUCUUUAUGCUUGAGAAAGGUGCGUGACCCCAAAAUGUUGCACUUCGCAAUAAACACGCAAGGCAGCUUGCUUACAUUGACCCUGUGUGCCUUGGGAUUCUUUCUGCUCGCCCAUUUUACACCAGUGUGGGCAAGAGGAUACGUUCGAGCUGCGUGAAUUGAUAAUGAAUGGGGAAGUGCCAUUGUUAUGGAGGGACAGAAAGGACUUUUGUUGUGCCCCGGGCCGUCAUGUUCAUAGGAGUCUUAGUGAAAAGGCUGCAGAAAUGUGAAUUUAAGGCGGGUGUAUUCUAUUAUAGUUACUGCGGAUGUUCUAGCCAGGGCCAGAUUUCAACCCAAAGCACCCUAGGCCACUCAUACGUAAUAACUCUUACCCCUACUCCACGCUGCUGCAGGUCACUAAUUGCCGGCACUGGGGACUGAACAGGCAGGAGACUCAAUCAACUAUCAACCUCUCCCACCCAAUUUAGAUGUGGUUAGUGGACAGGCCCAGGCCUUUGUUGUCUGGCCACAAAUCCAGGCCUGGUGCUAGCCAUGUCUACCAAUCAACCACCACUCUCAUGAAUAUAACAAUAUAAUAAAACAAUAUAAAAAGGGUGUAAAACAAGGGACUAAGAUUUUAUGUAGCUACUUUGUUUUUCUUCCCAGUUUAUUACCCCAGACAGCACACUGUAUUUCAUAUUCACAAAACUUGUAUUCAUCUCCCCCAAUUCUAAGUCAGAUACCCAAAACCUAAUUUAAGAUUGGGGCAUAAAAUGAGGCACUAGAGCUGCAGUUAAAGGUCAGUAAUUGGGUUGAGUGAUAGAAAGAUUCACUUCAAGCUCUGUCCAUGAGACACAUCUCCAGCCAAUCGGUGUACAGCACAUGCUGGAUAUACAAAGCUCUCAGGUGAGAGAAACCGUUGGAAAUAGACAGUUGCUGAGAGACGGUUGAGGAGAGAGCAGCAAUUGAGAGAGGGAGAGAGAGAGAGAGAGCAGCAAUUGAGAGCGAGAGAGAGAGAGAGAGCGCGUUAUGGAGACUUUUAUUAAAAAGCGAAAGAGAUUAGCUAUCCCUGAGAGCCAGGAGGGAAGCCAUUAUGACUGUCGGUGCUACAAAAUCACCAAGUAUGAGAGCAACCGGCAAGGGACCUGCAGCAGUGCAGUUGUACUGGAUCCAUGGAGCACCUUUGGAAACCUGAUGCCAGAUACACUGCAGAACUUCAUGGAUUAUGGAGAAACAUGCUACAUGUUUAAUAAGAGCCUGGAAGAGGAUUUCGCACCUAACAACUUUUUAGGAAAACACAGCGACAUCGAUGAAACAUCUUGGAGGGAAGUCAUCACCACCAUGAUUGCUGCACACAGGGCCUUUAGACUGGACUUUGAGACCCUGUGUCUUGCUGUCAACUACCUGGAAAGGUUUCUGGCCUGCACUCCCCUAAAAGCUGCCAGCCUGAAGGUCAUAGGUGCCACUUGUCUUUAUUUGGCCUGCAAGGUAAUGGAGAAGAGUCUCCCUAAAAUAGAUAUGUUUCUAUUGCUGUUCUGUGAAGAUGGAUUCACAGCUCCCUUAAUGUACUAUUUAGAAAAAUUGGUAUUAAGGAGGUUGUGUUUCCGUCUAAGGGCUCCCACCAUCGAGUAUUUCCUGGAACACUUUUCCCUUAGAAGAGUGUCCUACAAGGAAUGUCCAGCUGCCAAAAUCAACAGAGCAGCCAAUGCCUUCACUGCUGCUAGAGGCAUUGCAGCACUGAGCAUGACAAGGUAUGGAUUCCAUUCCUACCCACCAUCUCUCCUAGCUCAGUGCUGCCUUAGAGUUGCAGACCAAAUAUUGCAAUAUGACACCUGGAAUAGAGCGCACCCUAGAGACUGUUCAGGCCCCUUAUGGCGGGAGUGCAUGGGUAAAAUCACCCACCUGGUAUCCUCCAACAAAAUCUUAUUGUGCAAGUUUAUGCCAGGUGUGUUUCCAGAAACCUUUCCAGACUUGGUUUCACCACCAACCAAGAGUGGCAGCAAAGCAAACAUCUAAGAAAGAGGCUCUUCCCAAAAGUCAUCAGGAGAUCAGUGGCAGUAACAUGGAGAGGAAGCAGCUCAUGGUGAUUGGACCAGGUGGCGGCUUUGAGAUCUUGUUAUGCUCAGGAUGUAGCAGAUAUUUGUCAGGAGAUCAGCCAGCAAGACCAACAGAGGAAGAACAGCACCCAGUGAACAGCAUCUUCCCAAUGUACCAUCUACAGAGCACCCAGGACUGCUGUGACUGAAUUAUAACCUGACAGACUUCUUUUCUCCCAGUACAGGUAGAUUUACCAUCAGAUGGCAUAUAUACAUGGGCCUUACAGCCACUAGGAGGCCUCUGUAUUUCUCUCCCGUCCAUCUAACAGGCUGCAGGUGCGGGGGUCUGCAGGCCACCGGGGAGGCAAAUGGAACGGAGAGGAAUGCAGAGGACACCAAGCGGCUGGAAAGCUCAUGUGCAUGCAGCCAUAUUCUUGUCCAGCAAGAUCAGGGGCAUUGAUCCUGGGAACAAAUCCGAUCGCCGUUAAGGGGUCAGGAAGGAAUUUUUCCCUCUAAAGAAGCAGAUUUGCUGAAGCUUUUUAGAGGUUUUUUGCCUUCCUCAGGAUCAAAGGGCUCUCUACCCAGCUGCGGCCCAUCUCCCAUCCUAAACUCUGUCUUUGUGCAGCCCCUCCAUCAGGAGUUUAGUUAGAAGCCGCAGGUGGGAGGGAACCCAUUUACAGACCCCACUUUCCAUCUCAUUGAUCUUAUUAAUAAAUCUGUGAUUUCACAGGUUAAGUCCAAACCGGUUGUUUGUGUCAUUUUUCUGGGAUUCAGGGGACUGCAGGUACAGUUCUUACUUUCAAUACACUGUUGGGGUCCAAAGGCUGAUGUUAGAACACUAUUGCCUGGCCAUCUUAAUUUUAGAAAAGUAAUGGGCAGCUUUUUAUGGGGAAAGUUACAGAGAAAACUUAAUCUGGAAGAGCCAAAAAGAAGCUGAAAAAAAUGUGCAACUGAAGUAAAAAGCGACAAAGCAGAAGGGAAAAAUCUAAUGGCACAACUGGACAAUACAGGGCUUAGGGGAGAAAGGACAGGAAGAGGAAAACUAAUAUGUACAGGGCUAGUGGUGAGGUCUCUGGGGGGAGUGCAUACGGAUCCAUUUGAUGUGGUUGCUAGGGGAGAAAAGGGGAUCCAUACAGGGCUGCUGGGGGGAAGCAGAGGGAUAGGUACAGGACUGCUGGGGGGAAGCAGAGGGAUAGGUACAUGGCCAGGCCUGGAUUUGUGGAAAGGCCACCAAGGCCCGGGCCUAGGGCGGCAGGAUUUUAGGGGGCGACAUA